CCUUGCUGCAGCUGUUCCUGGGAAAGUUUCUGAUCUCUCACUGUCACUCUCUCUUUUCUGCAUUGUGGACACAGACACCUGGAUUCCUUCUUCCCCGCUGCAGCCUGACUCCCUCCAGCAAGAGCAGGCUGUUUGACUGGGGACUAUAGCCGUGUUAUAUGCUGAGAAUCGAGGAGCAACCAUGACACAAAAUCCAGAAAUGGUAAAUCUGUCCUUCCUAUCUGAGACGGAAAAGGAUUUUAUCCUGCAAGUCCUACAGAGAGAUGAAGAACUGCGGAAAGCGGAAGAUCGGCGGAUUAGGAGACUAAAGAAUGAACUACUAGAUAUAAGAAGAAAAGGUGCAAAAAGGGGAAGUCAGCGCUACAGUGAUCGAACCUGUGCGCGCUGUCAACAGAAUGUGGGGCGUGUGGUCCCUAAAACAAACACUUGUCGGAGCUGCAACCACCUGGUCUGCAAAGACUGCAGGAUGGAGACCUUAACUGGGGGAUGGAAGUGCAACGUCUGCAUCAAGGAGGCGGAGCUGAAGAAAUCUACAGGAGAUUGGUUUUAUGAUCAGCGGAUCAAUCGUUUCGCUAACCGACUCGGAAGUGAUUUAGUGAGGAUAUCGCUACGUCGUAAACCUCCAGUCAACAAACGGGAGACAACUGCACAGACAUUACUGGAACAUUCACAGCAGACAAUUGAUCAGAAGCCAAGGAAAGGACAAAGAAGUCCGCAGGACAGGCCGAAGAUUUCUGGUGGCGUGACUGGAUCUCCAGACCUAAGGGACCAGAGAAGCGACACUGAAUCCACAGAGCAGAUGAGCCUCAAUAGUUAUAAGAUGGACUCCAAAAAAAGCACACCCACCUUGUCCAGGAGGAAUUCUGUAGAUGGAAAAAAAAACUACGGACCCAGUGGGGCUAAAGUGGACACCCUGACUGUUCCUGUACGGACAAGAGAUUAUCACCACUCAGACUCAGAAGGGGAACCACGUUUAGGCAACCGUAGUGCGGGUUCUGCAGACGAGAGUGAUGCUAUUUUCAAGAAGAAUCCCAGAAGACUCCUAAAACCAUCAGACUACAGUAAGUCUGUGAUAGAUUUACGCCCAGAAGAAAAGCCAGAAGAAGGCAACAUGAUGGGUGAUCGCAGCAAGUCUGUUCCUGGACUCAACGCUGAGAUGGAAGAGGAAGAUGAAGAUAUUGAUAACUUGGUGGAAAUACAUCGCUUGACCACAGCUAGGAGUAGCUUGCGCAGUGGAACUUCCACGAGCACACUUGGGAGUAUGAUGAGCAUUUAUAGUGAAGCUGGAGAUUUUGGAAACGUGAUUGUAACAGGAGAAAUCAUGUUCUCUAUGAAAUAUGAUGGCAAAACACAGAUUCUGAGCAUUGUUGUGAAGGAGUGCCGGAAUCUGGCCUAUGGGGAUGACGUGAAGCGGAGAUCCAAUCCAUAUGUAAAGUCCUAUCUUCUGCCGGAUAAAUCUCGACAAGGAAAACGCAAGACAACAAUUAAGCGUAAUACUAUAAACCCAUUAUAUGUGGAGACCUUGCAGUACAUAGUCCCAGAGUCCAUUCUUCUUAGUAGAACUCUACAACUCUCUGUGUGGCAUCAUGAUCGCUUUGGAAGGAAUACAUUUCUUGGGGAGGUCAAUGUUCCACUGGAUUCCUGGAACUUUGACAGUAUGAUGGACGAGUGUCUUCCUCUUCACGGAAAGGGCGCAGCUGAGGCAACCACUUAUAAAGGGGAGUUGAUUGUGUCUUUAAAGUACAUCCCACCAUCCAAGUCCACAGGUGGAAGCGAGAGGAGGAAAAGCAAAGCAGAAGAAGGAGGGGAACUUCAGGUUUGGAUUAAAGAGGCCAAAAACCUGACUGCUGUAAAACCAGGCGGGACAUCGGACAGCUUUGUCAAGGGUUAUCUGUUGCCAAUCAAAAGCAGGAACACCAAGCGUAAAACACCAGUUAUGAAGAAGAGUCUGAACCCACACUACAAUCACACAUUUGUGUAUAAUGGGAUUAAGCCUGAAGAUUUGCAGAACACAUGUCUCGAACUGACCGUCUGGGACCGAGAGCCACUGUCUAGCAAUGAUUUUCUGGGAGGAGUAAGACUGGGCCCUGGGACAGGCUUAUACAAUGGACAAAAUGUAGACUGGAUGGACUCUACCGGAGAAGAGCUUAGUCUCUGGACUAAGAUGAGACAGUAUCCUGGAUCCUGGGCAGAAGGGUCCUUACAGCUCCGACCAACAAUGGCCAAGGCAAAGUAGUAAAAAAAAAACAUCUUCAAGGAACUUGCUAGAGUCCAUUUCCCAUCAGUUUUAUAAGACUCUAUAUUUUAAUAUCACUGGAACAACUGUAUUUUAUGGAGCCAAUAAUAAUUGUAUAUUCUGUUGAUUAUUUAUUGCAGUGUCAUAUUUGAUUUUAACUUAUAAUGGUGGAAACGUUAUUUGAAGCACAUCAAGACAUUUAGAAUUAGGUAAAAAAGUUAUAUUGCAUUAAGGUCUCUUAGACUUUAGCAACUGACACUAUAAAGGUGUUGACCCAACUGGACAAUCCUUUCAUGGAAUGAAGCAUGCCCGGCGAUCAGCUGAUGUCUGGAUUCUAGAACACAUGGCACGACAAAUAUAGUAUUACACAGGGCUGUUUACCAAAUUACCAUAUGAUACAUGGACACAUCAAAUCGGCCGCAGCUCUACGCUUUGGCUCAUAUAGGUGGACGCUGGGCAUCGGGCCCCAUAUGACCUCUCCCUGUAUGCCAUAAUAGGCCAUAUCGAUGGCUUAUGAUGAGACAACCAUACUAGAAGUACUUCACCAGCCUUUGACACUCGGAUCACUUCUUUAAUGUUGUUUCAAUCCCUUCGUCAUGUUAUACCCUAUCAGGUUGUGCACAGGACAGAACACGAUGGGGCAGUUUUAAUCUUCAAUUUUAUUAAGACCAGUCCAAAAACUAGACUGUUGAGGUGAAUUGUGCCAAAUGUAUUAAAAGGUGCACACUUCUUAAGGGAGUGGCUGGCAGGAGGAACAAGGGUGCACAGAGCGGCUUGGACCUGCCCUUGGUG